AUGAAGCACCUCAUCUUAGUGGGGGCGUGCUACUUGGACACUAUUCUGACUGUUCCCCAGUUCCCUGAAGAAGACUCCAAGCUACGAGCAACGGCCUUGCAGGUAAGACGCGGGGGCAACUGCCCCAAUACAGUUGAGGUUCUCCAACAGCUGCUCCUCUCAGGAGGUGGCCUGGACACUUCGUCAAGUCAAACCCAGCAAGUCAGCGCUGCUGAUGCUGCUGCCGUUACACCGCUACCAUCGAAACAACAACAACCACAGCAGCAGCUGAAAUUGCACCUGGUUUCCAUCUUGCCUGAUGUUGAGUCGUCCGCCACCCGCAAAGUCCUGUCAUCCUUUGCAACUCCUCCUGCUCUUCAGUCGUCCCCAUCUUACGACUCUGAGUCUCUGUCCGAGUCUGUGACCGGCGCCGCUCCCACUACGGCUACCAGUGUUGACUUUGGUCACUGUCUGUACCGCAAGGGGCACCAUGAAGCAGCUAGCAGUUACAUUAUCCGCAGUGGCGCGACAGGCAGCCGGACCAUUGUGAACUACAAUGACCUCCCAGAGAUGACAACGGACGAGUUUGUCAAUAUCGUGCAUGGUUUCGCCGCCAUGCCGGAAGACCAAAGUCAUGAUGGAAGCACCAGCAACUUGUUUGGAGAGGAUUAUUGGUGGCAUUUUGAGGUAGGCUCAGGCACCCCCGUUAUACACAUGCUCACUGAGAAGAGUCCUCAUGCUCUCUGUCUCCUGUUCCCUUCUCUUCCGUAUAACGAAUGUUAUAACUUGUCUGAGAGGCGAGCUGUCCAAUUGCAACAAAGCGUAAGUUUUGCUGUCCACGAGAAGAGCCACAGUCCGAUAUGUAACAGUCAAUGGCAAAUGACACUUGUUGUUCUAACACAAACACUCGCCAUAUUGCUCUACAGUUUUCUUAUGCUGUGCACAUGGGGAUCACAAGGAGCUGGGGCUCUCUUCCCUUCACCCGCCGGCGCCGGUGGCGGUAACAAUGAGCAAACAGCAGAAAUAGCAGAACCCGAAUAUCUGCACUGUUCUCCUUCAGAGGUGUGCAAGACACAGACAAUUACUGUGGUUGAUACCAUCGGCGCAGGAGAUACUUUCAUAGCCGGCAUCUUGUACGGCUUGUCGAUGAUGAUGACCUCACCGCCGAGUAUAACAGCACCAGCAGCAGCAGCAUCGGGAAAUACAACCAAAGACAUCCGAUCAUGGAUCCAAUCCAAAAGUGAAAAGGAAAAGAAAGAUAUUCUCUCUUUUGCCGUGAGGUUGGCUACCAAGAAGGUCCAGAUGGAGGGUUUUGCUGGUAUUCUUGAGGGGUGGUGA